AUGCGCCCUCCACAUAAUGAUAACGACCAUGAUUAUGCCAAUCGAAGAACACUGCCCGAGGGAUCUACAGAAGUCAAAGGCACAGGCUCCCUGAGUGAUACCGUCCAGAAAAUGGGAAGUCGCGGUUGGUCGGCCUUGAAGCAUGAGCAUCUACCUCUCUUGACGAGCGUCUCCACCGACCGACUCCCUUUGAUAGGGGACUGUGCAGUCUCAACCUCCAAUUCUAUACAGCUCUCAACGAACAGUCUACCCUUUACGGAAAAAUACGGUCGUUGCCAGCAAAUAAUCCACUACGGUGCGAACAGUACAACCCGCCUUCACGAAUCAAGGGGUCAACAACUUCUCGCAAUCAAAGUGUACCGACGCAACAUCCUGAAAACGACACUCUCAUCUACCUACCAAUCCCGUAUUACCACCUGUCUUGCUCCAACCAGCGCGGCCGUUCACCCCCAACAUCCAAAUAUCCUCCCCAUCGUCGACCUCCUUCACAAUGAACGCUCCGAACUGUGCCUUGUUAUGCCAUACUGCGCCGGUGGUGAUCUCCAUACUCUAGUAUCUCGCAAUGGUACACUUCCAGCCCACGAAGCUGACUGUAUCAUAAAACAAAUCCUACGGGCACUCUGCUUUCUCCACGAGCACGAAACAGCCCACCGCGAUAUCCGUCUAGAAACUAUUCUUUUGACAUCAAGCGGAGGAAUCAAGCUAGCUGGCUUUGGCGAUGGACACGUCAAACGAAUAUGGGAAGAGUGUUCGAUCCACACUUCACCAGCAGAAGGUGAGGAAGAGCCACUUCCUCCAACACAGCAGCAACAUCAGCCACAUCCAGCUUGGUCCUUCUUCCUUCCAUGGUCACUAUCAUCACUUACUCGUCAAACCUCGUCUGCCCCAUCAAUCCGCAACAGUACCCCUACGACCAUGAAACCAUCCACCGCCUCCUUCGCCAGUAUGAGCCUCCCAUACAUCCCACCAGAGGCAUUCGAACACCCCCAUCCUCCAUACGCUCAUAAUGGCAACAAAAAAGAAGAAAUCGAUCAUCGUCCAGCAGAUAUAUGGGCCACCGCUAUUGUGUACAUGAUCCUCAUAAGCGGUCGGCUGCUUUGGCGCAGUGCUCGACCACGUCGUGAAGAUGGGCGGUACUUGGAGUACUUGCAUAGUCGCCAUGAAGACGAUGGAUAUGCGCCCAUUGAGGCGCUUGGACCGGUAUGUAUCAUCUUGCCAACAAAUCAUCUUGCUUUGUAA